AGAAAUGUCAAUGUCAUUUCGAAAAUAACAGUCGACUUUAACCUUUUAAAUUCAUGUAGUGUAAUUGUCUUUGUUAUAAUGAUUUUCAAAACUUAUUGUACGUUAUGUGCCUGAAUCUUCGUACUAAAAAUAAAAUAGUAAAAAAUAUCAGUCGAAACAAUCCAAUGAUUUCAGUUUCCUAAAAAAAUUAAAGUGAAAAUGAAGGAGCUUUUUGCCACUUAUUUUGAGAGUUUAGCAAAUUCUGUUGGCUUGACAACACCAGCAUUGACAUUAUUUUUAUCUUUAUUAGCAGGUUAUCCAUUGGCAUUGAUUCAUCGUCAUUAUAUUUAUGGGAAGGAUGCUAAGCUGCAACAUCUGUAUUUUAUUUUGACUGGCCUUAUGCUAGGAUACUUAAAUUAUGGAAUUAAAAUAGCACAUAAUGUUUUUACUGUGAUAUUUGUGUACCUUACUUUUAUUAUUCUGCCUGGUUCACUUAUCAGCUUAGCAAUAGCUUUUGUGUUUACAAUGUCUUAUUUACUGAUAGGUUAUUUUUAUACAAGUACAAAUCAAUAUGAUAUCACUUGGACAAUGCCCCACUGUAUUUUAACUCUGCGUUUAAUAGGCACUGCAUUUGAUUUGUAUGAUGGUAGACAGCCAACAGAAAAAAUGUCUGGAGAUACCAAGGAGACGGCGCUUGUUGUCAAGCCUACGUUUUUAGAGCUUAUGGGUCACUGCUUCUUUCCAAGUAGUUUUCUUAUUGGACCUCAGUUUCCAAUGAAGAGAUACUUAAACUUUGUUUCGGGGAAGUUCAGCUCAAACUGGAACGGAAGCAAACCUCAGCCAUUGGAUUGCAUACAUCCGGCAAUGAAAAGAUUCUUUCUAGGGGUGGUUUAUUGUAUCGUAUUCCACAUUUUGCAAAUAUUCGUUUCGAACGAAUAUCUGUUAUCAGCGGAGUUUACAGAAUUGUCGAUUUUCCGGCGUUUGUGGCUGUUGGGUGUUUGGGGCCGAUAUACCCUUUAUAAAUACAUUACGUGCUGGCUUUUCGCAGAGGGAGCUUGCAUUCUGUUCGGGGUAGCGUACAAUGGUUUAGAUGGCGAGGGAAAGCCCCGAUGGGAUGGUUGUGAGAAUGUCAAGUUAUCAGUUUUUGAAAAUGCAACCGAAUUUGGCCACUACAUACAUUCGUUUAACACCAACACGAACAACUGGGUCGCGAAAUACGUGUACAAAAGAUUGAAGUUCUUAGGGAAUAGAUACAUUAGUCAAGGGGCUGUUCUGUUUUUUUUGGCCGUUUGGCACGGCCUGCACAGCGGCUACUAUGUUUGCUUCUUGAUGGAAUUUAUCGUCAUGUACAUGGAGAAAGACGUAAGUAAUUUUUUUAAGGGAAAAAAUUAGAUCUUUAAAUGGUGU